CUGGGGACAGUCAGGUGCGGGCUGGGCUGGGCGGGGCCGCGACGCCAGCAGGUGGGGCAGCUCCGAUUGACCCCGCAUGGCGGCGGCGGCGUGCGAGCCGAUGGCCAGGCCGAGUCUGACCUCCAUCUCGUCGGGGGAGCUGCGCAGCCUGUGGACGUGCGACUGCGAGCUGGCCCUGUUACCUCUGGAGCAGCUGCUGCGCUUGCAGCCCGGUGCCUUCCAGCUGCGCGGUGACCAGCUCGUGGUGCCAGGGCCGGAGGAGCCCGCGGUCGCGCGCGGUGGCUUCAAUGUCUUUGGCGACGGCAUAGUGAGACUCGACGGGCAGCUCUACCGCCUCAGCAACUACAUCAAGAGGUAUGUGGAACUGACCAACUACUGUGAUUAUAAAGACUACAGGGAAACUAUAUUGAGCAAACCAAUGCUGUUUUUCAUUAAUGUACAGACCAAAAAAGACACCUCGAAAGAAAGGACCUAUGCAUUUCUUGUGAACACAAGGCACCCCAAGAUAAGAAGACAGAUAGAACAGGGGAUGGACAUGGUCAUCUCCUCAGUGAUCGGAGAAAGUUACCGACUUGAGUUUGAUUUCCAAGAUGUAGUGAAGAAUUUUUUCCCUCCAGGAACUGAGGUGAUUAAUGGAGAAAAUUUGAGUUUUGCGUAUGAAUUCAAAGCCGACGCCUUAUUUGAUUUCUUCUAUUGGUUUGGGCUCAGCAAUUCCACUGUGAAAGUGAAUGGUAAAGUUCUGAAUUUGUCGAGUACAAGUCCAGAAAAGAAGGAGACAAUUAAGUUAUUUUUGGACAAAAUGAGUGAACCUUUAAUCCGAAGGAGCAGUUUCUCUGACCGAAAAUUCAGUGUAACUUCCAGAGGCUCAAUAGAUGAUGUUUUUAACUGCAGUCUGUCACCCAGAUCAUCUCUGACAGAGCCUCUUUUGGCAGAAUUACCAUUUCCAAGUGUUCUGGAAUCUGAAGAGACACCAAACCAAUUUAUCUAAUUGGACUGAACAUUCUAGCUGUCACUUUUAUGUUGCAAGCCUGUGCCAGACUGCAGGUUGAGGGGACGAGAGGAGGUGGG